AGAGUAACGUUCGAUUGAGAAGAUGGUGGUUGUUGCAUGACAAUUUUUAUAAUGGUUUUAUCAGUUAUAAUUCCGAUUGUAAUAUUUCUUACAUUUAAUGGAGCUAGAGGAAAUAUACCUGUACCUGCCAUAACACCGGACUAUUGCAAUUAUACUGAAUAUUAUGAUUCCAUUUGUAUGCGGUGCAAACGAUGCGGCAGGGAUGAAAAUCAAACCAGUCUUCAACACAGAGCUGAUGAUGGCACUUGUACUUGCAAAUCAUCAUAUAUUGAGAAAGCAAGAAGAGGUCCAUAUAAUGUUACAUGUGCUCUUUGCCCAAAUGGGAAAGUAAUAUCUCCCGAUAAGAAGAGAUGCCUUGAAUGUUCUGAAAGUAUUCCAUUUAAUGAAACUAUUGGUUACUGUCAACCUUGUGUUAAUGGAACAUUAGUCGAAGAUGGUAAAUAUGUAUUUUGUACUCCUUGUCAAAGUGAAGGUUUAUCUACAACUGAUAUUUUGAAUAUAUGUCCAAGUAUAAAUAAUAUUGAUCAUAUACAUUGCUCUGAAUUUAAUAUGAUUUAUUCUGGGGGAAACUGUGUGCCAUCUCCUAUUUUGGAUGAUCCAUCUCUUUUUACUAUUAAAUAUGAAAAUGGUGAAAUUGUUUCCUCUGCUUUGUUAAAAAAGUACUUUAAAGCUGCCUUGAACAGUUGUGAGGAAGAUGAUAUUGCUGCUUGUCAACUUCUUGCCAAUAUGUGUGUUCUCCUUCUCUAUAAAAGCAUUGAAACAAAUGUAUGUGCAGAAUUUAGAAGAGUUUCAAAGAAAUAUCUUAAUGAAUGUCCUAAGAGACCAAUAUGGCUGUACUACAUUAAUGAAGAUGGAGAAUGGCAUACUGUAGAAGGCCUGUACAAGAAGAAUGUGCCUAAUGUGUUUACUCCUUCUCUUUCUCAGGAGUCAUCAAAACUUCAUAUUGUUGCUAUGAAAUAUUCACUAAAUGGAACUUUUCUUGGAUUGACCAAGAUAAAAAGUGACAAUUUAAAUUUGUGCCAAGAGUCAGACAUUGAAGAGGAUAUAGCAUUCACAGUUGGAACACGAAUAGAAAGAACUUGCACAAGGUCUUUGCAGGAUCUUUGGAAGUUGGAAAUGAAUUUCUUUGAUUUAUAUCUUGUUAGUAAUCAAAACAAAAGUCAUAUAUAUCCUAUUCCAGUUCUCAUUCGGAAUGUUGUUAUUAAUGGGGAGCAUGUAAAUCAUGGAAAGGAUACUUCAAAGUGGAGAUUAGUCCGACGAUUUUUUCUCAUUGAUCACUUGAGUGGUAUUGAAGAAGAGGCCUAUCUAACUGAUAGACGUAAUCAACCCUUUGCUAAAACAUUUAGAUAUGCUUCAGAAGUUUCACUAAAAAUAACUUUUAUAUUAGAUGAACAGCCUGGAAAGAUAUACCCUCCAUUACUUACCAUUACAUAUUCUGAAGCCAGGCCUGAUGAUUAUCUCAGAGAUAAAAAAGUUACAGUGAAAUUCUCAGUCUCGUAUGAAAUGAGUCAAGAAUCAGUGAUGCAAAGUGUGAAAAUCGCAGCAUCUGUUCUUAGCACAUUGGCAUUUGCUUGGUCAAUUCUUCAAACAUUUAGUUGGUUCAGACGAUCUGGAAAGCAUGCUGUUGGUUUAGUGACACUUGGAAAAUUUUUAGUCUUCAUGUGUGGUAAUUUGGCAACUGUUUUCUUUAUUGUAAUGUUCUGCACCUGUUUGUACUGGUUUUCCUUUUUUAAGAGGCAAGAUGUUAUUUACACCAUUUUACCAAGUCCAGAAGCAGAACAUUUUUUAAGUGUGUAUAUAGGAAUAGCUUUUGCUUUAAAGGCUAUACAGCUCAUUCACUUGCUUUUUGUACAAUGCAGCAUAGAUAUAUUUUAUAUUGACUGGGAACGUCCAAGAGCAAGGGCUACAUCUGUUACUGCCCGUACUGCAACAACCUCUAAAAAUAUUGCUGAAACUCCAGCUGGUUCUGAUCAUAAAAAAACUAGCAAAACUACUCCUGACAAAAUCAAUACGGAAAUGGCUGGCGUGAGUAUCUGGAGGACAUAUUAUGCUGCAAAUGAAUGGGCAGAAAUACAGAGCAAGCGCAAAACAAGUCUAUCCGUUCAGCUGUUCGGGGUGCUGUUCAUUUUACAUGUUUUAGGGUUUGAAAGUUCAACUCUGGCUGCUCUAAAAUUAUCUGUACCACCUACUGAUAUCCAUAAGUAUGUGCCUUAUAGUACUUGCUGCAGAUUUGCUCUUGGGGUUCUUGUGUACCUAUCUGUUGCUUUAUUGCAGGUGAUAGUCUGUAGAGGAUUAUAUGAAAGGUUUGUCGAAGACAAGUUGCAGCAGUAUGUUGAUCUCUGUUCAGUUAGUAAUGUAAGUGUGUUUAUACUUGUGUCGAAAAGAUUUGGCUAUUACAUUCAUGGUCGCUCAACUCAUGGGAAGGCUGAUGUAAAUAUGAAAGAGAUGCAUGAAUUUUUAAGAAAGGAAGAGGAAGAUUUAUGUGGUCGUCGAGGUCUGCUACCUGACACUGAUCAGCAGACUUUUCAAAUACUUCUGCCACCAGGUGUUCAUGAUCAGUUUCUUAGACUGCUUGUACCUCUUACAUCAUAUACUCAAGCUGCUGAUAGAAUGCAAGGUGUUGGAGGUCGCUUAGCUAAAGUAGACAUUGACAGAGUUGCAAAUACUCAUUAUAUGCUCAAUAAAUUUUUAUCUGGCUUCAUUGAUCAUUCAUUCAAAGACCUUGACUAUAUCGUAAAGGAUAGAGUUAUGCUGGAAUAUCUCUUAGAUAUUGAAUGCUAUGAAGUUGCUGAUCGUGGAUAUUUCUAUAAUGAUGAUGGUCGUUCCUUUUCUGCUGUUUUGUUCUAUGGAAAUGAAUCAAUCUUAUUGCUGUUUGAUGUACUUCUUUUCAGUAUUAUAGAUAUUGCAUCAAGUGACUAUGUUCUUUCCAUAAUUCUCACUUUUGGUGUUGCAAAAAUUAUUCAGGGAAUAAGACGAAGUGCUGGCAGGCGAAAUUUGGUUCGGAAAGCCCUUGUCGAUGAACGAUUUUUAACAUAGAGUGCCUACUUUAGCAAUGUACUCAAUUUCCUCGCUUUGCUGUUUAAUCUUUCUCUCAAUUUUACCAUCUGUAUCCAUCCAUGUUCAUUUAGCCAACAAGAAAAUUUUAAUUUUUUUAUGCAUUUUCUGUAAAUAAGCAUUGUGUAUAUUGUUGAUCAGUUUUCAUUUUAAUUGCUUUUCAACGACAAAGUAUCUUUGUUGUUAUUGGUGUUUAAUGAAUUUAUAUUAAUAUUGAUGUAAAAUGUUUGUGUAUUAUUCCAAAGAAGACAGUAUUCUUUAAAAAGUAUUAUAUUUGUAAUAUUAUAAUCACUUAACAUAAAUACUUAAUUUAAUAAUGAUGUAUUUAACAUAAAAAUAUGUUUUUCUUCUUGGCAAGUAAUCUAUUCUGAAUAAUGCUAAAAUGUUAUGUAUUUCAAAAUAAAAUAAGAUUUAAAUAUAUACAAUUUGCAAUUCUAUGAAUGCUAGAUUAUUGUAAGAAAAAAAAAAUAAGAUAUAUGAAUUUCUAUGUCCUUUAAUUUAGAACUUGAAUUUAGCAUGUAUGUGAACUUAGUUAUUAACUCUCCAUGAAUUAUAUAGAAUACUUAAUACAUUUUUAUUCAAGAAGGUGCAUGAAAUUACUCAUUUUUUGAGGCUGUGAAUUAAACUAAUCAUUAAUGGAAUGUUGCAAGUAAAUUCUUUAAUUAUAACUAAAUAACAAAUGAAUUUGCUUUAUUACUUAAGUGUUUUAUUGAAAAUGACUUAUAAGUAUUAUUGAUUAUUUUGUAUAUAACUAUUUUUGUGAAUUCUGUAUGAAUUGUUUCAUUGUUAUUGUACCAUUAAUUUUUUAUGAUUCCAAUAGUUGUUUAUUUUUA